CAGCGCACACCGGAAAUGUCUGACAUUAUUGUGGCACGCUCCUUCCUCCUCCUCCUUCCCUGUGUGCAAGUCGGCUAAGCUAGCUAGCGAAACAAACUCUUUCAAACCUUGUAGUGUAAUUAUUAUGAAUUGAUUGAUCCGUAUAGUGUAUUUUAUUUCUUUCUCCGCAGCCCAGAUAACAAACAACCAACAACAUGAAUAUACGAAACGCAAGGCCGGAGGACCUUAUGAAUAUGCAGCACUGUAACCUGCUGUGUCUUCCAGAAAACUACCAGAUGAAAUACUAUUUCUAUCACGGAUUGUCCUGGCCUCAGCUCUCAUACAUUGCAGAGGACGAAAAUGGCAAAAUAGUGGGAUAUGUGCUGGCAAAAAUGGAGGAGGACCCUGAUGAUGUACCUCAUGGACACAUCACAUCUCUUGCUGUGAAGCGCUCCCACAGACGUCUUGGCCUGGCUCAGAAGCUGAUGGACCAGGCCAGCCGGGCCAUGAUAGAAAACUUCAAUGCUAAAUAUGUCUCACUUCACGUUCGCAAAAGCAACCGAGCAGCCCUGCACCUGUACUCAAAUACUCUCAAAUUCCAGAUUAGCGAGGUAGAGCCUAAAUACUACGCAGAUGGGGAAGAUGCCUAUGCCAUGAAGAGAGACCUAGCCCACAUGGCUGAUGAGCUGAGAAAGCCUGGAGUGCGUGUUUCGGGCCAGGAGGCACCGUCUGGCCAAAGCCCGUCGGGGUCUGGGGACCAGGAGAGAGAGAACGAGAGAGACAGCGGAGGAGAGAGCAAAGAGUUGAGUGAAGUCAGCGAGGCAACGGAAAGCACAGACGUUAAAGAUUCUUCGUCUGAUUCACAGUGACACCGCAGUCGUAGACAUUUUUAAAUUUAUUCUUCACUUCCUCUUUUUAUCUCAAUUUGACAGUAUCUCUGGCUUUACAAACUGACUAUCUCUGCGUCAAAGCCAUUACAACAUUUCCAUCAGAGGUUUUUCUUAAAUCUCAUUUUCCACUGCAGUGAUGAACGAAGAGUCUUAGUAAUGACGUCAAUCGGGGUGUUAUCUAAACGAAACUAAAAUUAAUUACUGGUCUCAGUGUUUUUAUUGGGUGGGAUGUUGUCAUUACCAAAAGUGGCCCAAAGCUCUGUUAGAUUUAGAGAAUUGAAAACAACUUCUACUUUUCAAGUUGUCUCAAUUUGGCCUCUUAAUUAUUUAACAGAAUUACUACAAAUAAAUCUUUCAAAUAAUACCUUUCGCAUCACAAUUUUUUUCUUUCAGUCAUUGAUCAUAAAAGCUGCGUAAACCUUGUUUCCACGAAGCAGUCUGGUUUAGUUCAGGUUGUUGCACAUUAGAACGGUUAUUUUUGCAUUUGCAUUAUCAAAAGUUGUGGAUGGUACCAAUAGAACUGUACUCCGUUCUGGACUGUUUUUCCAUCACCUCUCUGUUGGGAUACUAAGCAAAUUGAUCUGAUAAUAAAAGGUUGAGCUAGAAA